CUCUCUGUCUCUCUCUCUGUUGCUGGGACCGAAGAGGCGAGAGAGAGGCGGCGCCGGAGCCUGUCCAGGGCCGGGGUCCGGGGAGGGAGGGGCUUUUCCCGGCACCAUGGGCCCGCCCAGCCCCCCUGGGCCCCCUUGCCCCACCUCCCCCUGCACCUUCCUCCUCCUGCUCUACCUGGGCGCACAGGUUGCAGAGGCCGCGGGCACCUUUGAGCUCCAGAUCCGGUUCAUGCGCAACGAGAGGGGCACCCUGGCGGACGGGCGCUGCUGCCGCGGAGGCCUGGAGCCGCCCUGCCCCGAGGCCGACCCGUGCCGGACUUUCUUCCGCAUCUGCCUGAAGGAGUACCAGAUGCGGGUGCAGCCGGGGGGGCCCUGCGUCCUGGGCGCCGCCGCCACCCCCCUUCUCGGGGGCAACGCCUUCUCCGCCGGACACCCCAAGCGCCCCGACCACGGACACCGAGUGGUGAUGCCCUUCGACUUCGCCUGGCCGCGUUCGUACUCCUUGAUUCUGGAGGCCUGGGACGCUGCCAAUGAAUCUGAUGUCAACACUCCAGGAGCCGGUCAGCUGGUGGAGCGGGUGACCCGGUCGGGGAUGCUGAACCCGGGCGAGGGCUGGCAGGACCUGCGCCACCACGGCCGGGGUGUCUUGCUGGACUUCCGGCUGCGUGUGCGCUGCCAGGAACACUACUACGGCCCAGCCUGCAACCUCUUGUGCCGGCCCCGCGACGACUUCUUUGGCCACCACGGCUGCGACGCCGCGGGCAACAAGGUCUGUCUGGACGGAUGGACGGGAGACGAGUGUAAACGGGCAAUGUGUCGCCAAGGAUGUCACGAAACGCACGGGUUUUGCGAGGAACCUGGUGAGUGCAGCUGCCACUAUGGCUGGACGGGACCCCUUUGCGACAAAUGCAUCCUCUUCCCCGGCUGUGUUCACGGGAGCUGCACCGAGCCGUGGAAGUGCGACUGCGAGACCAACUGGGGGGGACUUCUCUGUGACAAAGAUUUGAACUAUUGUGGGUCGCACUCCCCGUGCCAAAACGGGGGCACCUGUGCCAACAAGGAGCCCAACGAGUACGAGUGCCUCUGCCUGGAGGGCUUCAGCGGCCGGAACUGCGAGAACGCCCUCCUAUCCUUGCCUUCUUCUGAACCGACUUGUGCUCCAGAGCGUUGUGCCAAUGGGGGAACGUGCCUCCGAAGUGCAUCCGGAUGGCGGUGCGUCUGUCUCCCGGGAUGGAGCGGAGAGAAGUGCCAGGAUGCAGUGAUGACCUGCCUCUCAAAGCCCUGCAGCCACGGAGGGAGUUGCCAGGACCUUCCAGAUGGCUUCAGAUGCCUUUGCCCAUCGCAAUGGAUGGGGAAGACCUGCCAGAUCGAUGUGAACGAAUGCCAGAAGAACCCGUGCCUGCAUUCCCGGAGUUGCAAAAAUCUCAUCGGAGGCUAUUUCUGCGAUUGUCUGGAUGGCUGGAAGGGACCAAACUGCAACAUCCGAGAAAAUGCUUGCCAGGUCCAGUGCCGUAAUGGAGGGACUUGCCAGGUGGAAGGAGGCAGGCCCAGAUGCUUUUGCCAGAAGGGAUAUACUGGUGCUGAGUGUGAGACACAAGUGGGAACUUGUGAAGGCAACCCCUGUUUGCAUGGAGGGCGGUGCUUAGAGAUGGAAAACCGGACUUUCCAAUGCAGCUGUCCCUUGGGCUUUAGUGGGUCUCGUUGUGAGAUCUCGGGGGAUCUUUGCUCCCCGAACCCGUGUCCCAAAGGGGCAAGCUGCCUAGCGGGAGAGGGCACCUAUCUCUGCUCCUGCCCCGAAGGUGCCACUUGCCAGAAAUUGCAGGAAGCCUGCCCGGAUGGCCCAUGCCAAGGGGGAAGCAGCGCAACCCUUCUCUACAUCGUGCUGCCGCUGGCCCUGAUCCUUAUCUUAGCAACCCUGGCGUUGUCACUGAUGGCACGAAGGCUUCGCCGAAAAUCCAGAGAGGCCACAUCCGGGCUUCAGGAACCCGCGACCAACAACAGCCUCUAUCUGGACGCCGUUCAGCUCAUCCGCAACGCCACAAGUGCCAAGGGAGAGGCGGUUCUGAGCGUCGAUAAGGCAGGAAUGCCUGCGGGCGGGCGCCUGUCGGGUGGCCUGCCGAAGACGGACAUCUCCAACGAGGAGAGAGCCAAGCUCAACCAACUCAACCGGGGCCCUUCCAUGCCGAGGCCCUUGCUUUGACCAAUGGAGAAAGAACUCGAGGAGGACUUGACCUUGAGACCCCAAACAAUGGGGAUAGAGCUCCCAAAGCACCUUAUUUUGACCUUUUCUAGUAUUGUUUUGUUUUGUUAUUGUACAAGGCUGGAAGGGAAUCGCUAGCAGGCGUGGGCAAACGUUGGCCCUCCAGGUGUUUUGGACUUCAACUCCCACAAUUCCUAACAGCCGGUAGGCUGUUAGGAAUUGUGGGAGUUGAAGUCCAAAACACCUGGAGGGCCAACGUUUGCCCACGCCUGAACCUACUAUAAUGUGGGUCCCAAAGCGGUAUUAUUCAACUGCUAAUUCAUCAUGUUCUCUCCACCAGAUAAUACCGGAAUUAAAAAGAAGUUUAAAAAAAAAACUCUUAUGGUUAAAAAAGCACAACUGAUCUGGACCUGCAAAGGAUACAUUUAAGGGAAAUAUUAUUUUUAAUUACUGCUUUGCAACAAGUUGGAGUGGGAUUCACACAGCUCUAUGGAUAUGGCCGGACAACAACUCUCAUCAUGUUCUCGAAGGCAUUCAUGUCCGGAAUCACUGGGUUGCUGUGAGUUUUGCAGGCUGUGUGGCCAUGCUCCAGAAGCAUUCUCUCCUGACGUUUCGCUCACAUCUAUGGCAGGCAUCCUCAGCAGUUGUGAGGUAUGUUGGAAACUUGGCAAGUGGGGUUUAUAUAUCUGUGGAAGGUCCAGGGUGCAUAUUAUUUUGAAAUGUUUGCGUAUGAUGCACAAAAUACUUCUAGAACAUGGCCAUACAGCCCGGAAAACAUACAACAACUCUGUGAUCCCGGCCAUGAAAGCCUUCGACAACACAAUAAUAAUAAUAACAAUAAUAAAGUACUAGAAACUUUAAAACUAUGGUGCUUAUAAUGGACCAUUUCCAUGAUUUGUAGUAAAAAAAAAAAAAGUAACAAUCCCCCCAAAAGUUAACUUUUCCUCACUGGACUUUUGGGGGGACAUGUAGCCUCAUGAGCCAUGUCCUAAUGUUUUCUGCAGGGACCUUCGGAUGCAUCUACACUGCAGAACGAAUGCAGUUUGAUACCACUUGCACAGCCAUGGCUCAAGCUAUGACUUGUAGUUUGCUGAGGCAUAGGAUUAAGUCAUGUGUUAAUUCCACAAUCGGCGUUGUAGCACAGAGCUUGGGAAAGUCUUUGCUAUUCUUUAUUGGGGAAUUAUAUGGGCAGAGUAGAACUCAAUUGGGGUGUUUUUGGAGUGGGCAGACUAUAGAACUCAACUGCAAUGCCUUUCGUGAUUAUCAUGGAUAAGGAAAUUAUCUAUAUUAUAUUGACUAUGGCAAUGUGGGACAACUUACGGCCCUAAAUAAAAACCCCAUGCAUCCUAAAUGGAUCCAUGUACGGAUGGGGAAAAGGGAGCAGGGUAAAGACAAUGGGUGGGGUCUUUUUUGUGCCCAUUCCCAGCUGGGAUCUGAAUGUAUUUAAAUUGUAAAAUACUGUAAAGAUGUCUUUAUAGCGUCUUCUUUUGUUGUUGGUCUUUUGGAUAGCGUUAUGAUUGUGGUUUUUGUACAAGGUCGACGAGCGACAAGUAAAUCAUACUUGUUUUCCCUGCA